AUGAGCCUAGUAGGUGAACUGUCCUGCUUUCUGGGGUUACAAAUCAAACAGAGAAGUGAGGGAAUGUUUAUAUCACUGGAGAAGUAUGCCAAGAACUUAGUCAAGAAGUUUGGUGUAGAUCAGUCACAACACAAAAGGACUCUUGCUGCGACUCAUGCUAAAAUUACGAAGGAUAUGGUAGGUACUGAAGUCGAUCACAAAUUGUACAAAAGCAUGAUUGAGAGUCUUUUAUAUUUGACAGCAAGUAGACCUGAUAUUGCCUAUGUCGUGGGAAUAUGUGCUCUGUAUCAGUCAGAUCCUCGUACCUCUCAUUUAAGUGUAGUUAAACAAAUAAUUAAGUAUGUUCAUGGAACAACUGACUUCGGGAUUCUGUACUCUUACGAUACAUCCUCUGAACUAGUGGGAUAUUGUGAUGCCGACUGA